GGACCUGUCUUUCAUGCAAACUCACACCCACUUCCCAAAGUAUAAAAUCUUGGUAGAGUGGUUUGGAUUCCUCACAUUCACACAUACCAUCCUUCCGGUGGCAUUCAGAUUAAGGCUCUGUAAUUACAGCACACCAUGUCCUCCUAUAGUAUCAGACAAACUUCCACUUCUUCAGGAACCAAAGGUGGCUUGGGUUCCGGUGGCUAUGGUGGUGGUUCCAGUAGGCUAUCUGUAGGUGGCUAUCGGACCCCUAGCAUUCAUGGGGGAAGUGGUGGUAAAAAUGUUUCUAUCUCCACCUCAAGAGUUGUCUCAUCUGGGAUUGGUAGUGGCGUUUGUGGUGACUUUAGUGGUGGCUUUGGUGGUGGCAUAGGUGGCAGCUAUGUGUCUAGCUUUGGUGGAGCUUAUGGUUCUGGAUAUGGCCUUGGAGGGGGAGCUGGUGGAGAUGGCCUUUUGUCAGGAGGUGAGAAGGAAACCAUGCAGAAUCUGAAUGACCGUCUGGCCUCAUACCUGGACAAGGUGCGAUCGCUGGAGAAAGCGAAUUCUCUGCUGGAGAUUCAGAUUCGUGAAUGGUACGAGAAGCAGAGACCCUGUAUAUCCAAUGACUACAGUAACUACUACAAGAUAAUUGAAGACCUCCGCAACAAGAUCCAGAAUGCUACCUUGGACAAAGCAAGCACCAUUCUGCAGAUUGACAAUGCCAGGUUGGCAGCUGACGAUUUCAGAACUAAGUAUGAGAAUGAGCUGGCCCUUCGCAAGGGUGUUGAGAGUGACAUCAACGGGUUGCGCAGAGUUCUGGAUGAGCUGACACUAACUAGGUCUGACCUUGAGAUCCAGAUUGAGACCCUGAAGGAGGAGCUGGCAUACCUGAAGAAGAACCAUGAAGAGGAAAUGAAGGCGUUCCGUGGACAAGUUGGUGGUCAAGUGAAUGUAGAAAUGGAUGCUUCCCCUGCUGUGGACCUUACUAAGAUUCUGUCUGAAAUGAGGGAUCAGUAUGAAGUCAUGGCUGACAAGAACCGCAGAGAAGUUGAAGCCUGGUACUUACAGAGAACAGAAGAACUAAGCAAAGAAGUUGCCAGCCAUAGUGAACAGAUCCAGUCCAGCAACACGGAAAUCACAGACCUGAAACGCACAUUCCAAGGCCUAGAGAUUGAGCUGCAGACACAGCUAAGCCUGAAAGCUGCGCUAGAAAGCACAUUAGCAGAGACAGAAGGUCGGUACUGCACACAGCUUUCACAGUUACAAUGCCUCAUCGGUGAUGUUGAGGCUCAGCUUUCAGAGCUCCGAUCAGAUAUGGAACGCCAGAGUUAUGAAUAUAAAAUCCUAUUGGAUGUGAAGACCCGGUUAGAACAAGAAAUUGCAACCUACAGACGUCUCCUAGAGGGAGAAGACAUAUGUUACAAAGACGCUUCUCAAACCACACGCCAGAUUCGCACCAUAAUAGAGGACUCUGUCAAUGGAAAAGUUGUCUCAAGCAAAGAACAAGUUCAUAAGGCAAACUACUAAACUGAAAAAUGGCUAAGAAGUCAUAACCUAGAAAACGCUAUAUUUUCCCAAAAUAAAAUGUUCUACAAAAUCGACAACAAUAAUCGUAAAAAAAUAUGAUACAGUAUUACAAAACAAAAUCAAGAUUUAUCGACGACAUGUUGUUUUGGGUUCUAUCCAUUAGUCAUUUCUGUCAGGUCACUGUCUAUCUGGUCUAGACCUGAUAGUACGUUUUUUUAAAUUACUAUACAAGAUGUUUCUAUAUGUAUCUCUUUCUAAUAAAGUUUU